UAUGUGGUGGGCUGGGCCUUUGGUUAUUUAGACAUUUUUCAAUUCCGUACUGGGCGACUGGGAGUAGGGCGAGCUCCUCCCAAGUCGACGUGGCGGGGAUGGCUGCGACGGCCGGCGGCGGUGGCGGUGGAGGGGCUAAGGCGGCGGUGGCGGAGCAGAUAGCACAGGCAGUGCGGUCCACCUCCAACCUUCUCCAGCUCAUGGAGCAGUCCUCCCCCGCGCAGGUUCACUUGGCAAAACUACCCAAGAACCUGUUGGAAAAGGCAUCCUUUGCAAAGAACACAGAGCAUGUGCUGCACCAGCUACCUCAAGUAAUUUCAUCCUUGGAUGCUUAUAUGGACAGGAGUUUGCAAAGUGCCUCUCAAAUUAAGACUGUCACACAGCUCUUGUCAAACAUGGAGAACACUCAGCUGAGGUCCAUGUUGCCUUCCUCUCAAACGAAGAAAGAUCAAAAGAGUUCUGAACCUUAGGAACUCAGGGUUUGACUGAUGUGUUUCACUGAGACAUAAUGGAAGCAUGUGUUUUUGCCGUCUUGUGGUAAAGAAAUUUGAGUACUGUGGUUCAAGAGAUGGCUUGGCUCUAUCCGGCAUAAGAAUCGAGGAAUUGCUGCCUACUGUCUGUCCCACAUUUGCUGAAUUCCGUUGGGGAAUGCUGUUACUGUAACUAUUCUUCAGGUGCCAUGUUACGGGUGCCUAGAACCUGUAUCAUAAGGCAAGUAUGCCUGUUAAUUGCCACGCUUUCUGGUCUGUAACCAUGCUGUUUUCUUGUAAUUGCAUUGAUUGUUUUUAGCGGUAAAUUAAGGUAGAACUUAAUAAAUGAUAAAAUGUUUAACGUGGCACUGCUCUUUGAAGUUCAA